AUGUGGAUCGCAAAUUACGAUCGCCUGCCAACAAGGUCAAGGCUUGCGGCGUGGGGCUUGCAUAUCUCACCUACCUGUCCUCUCUGCUCUCGCUCUGACGAAACCAUGGACCAUCUCCUUCUGUCCUGUGAUUACAGUCAAGAGGGAGGUUCUUUUUCGAUGUCAGCCACCACCAAGUAUGCUCACAAACUGGGCGGAGCUAUUGUCUUGGAUCAGAGGAGCACCGUCGAGCAAGAUCGUUCUAUUAAGGAAACUAGCGACCCAAACUGUGGUCUACCACCUCUAGAAGCAGAGGAACAAUCUCAUUCACAACCAGACAUCAAUCCCGGCUGCUGCUGUUUCCGAGGCAUUGAUAAAGAGAUAAGGAACAUUAUCUCAGGAAGAAGACAAAGAAAGAAGUUUGUUCCCUCAUGGCCUUGUGGCUGA